UCUAAAUGUUAAAUGUUAAAUCUAAAUGUUAAAUGUUAAAUCUAAAUGUUAACUCUAAAUGUGUCGCCAAGUGUAAAGCUAAAUAUUUAGAAAAUAUUCAAAUCCCCAAUGAAACCACGCCCGCUUCAAAUCGCGCGGCAAAGAUCGAGCGGCAAAGUCAAAGACAAAGACAAAGACAAAGUCAAGUAGGCAUGGCCGGUUCUCUCGGAGUCCAGGACAUCGAACGGGUGGUUAUUGCAGCUGUACGGGCUGCACUCCAGGGUGUAGCUCCCCCGGUCCAGUCCACAUCAGCAACGGUUUCAACACCAGCGGUGCCCAGUGCCUCAGGCACUUCCAACUUUGCCACCACCGUCACAUCACUGAGAUCAGCUCCUCUGCCAUCCAUCCCUCUACGUAAUCGGGCUCAAUCGGGAUACUUGAGACGAAGGAAUGUCAAAACAUACACGAAGGAUGUUGUAUGUUUAACAUUUUCACCGGGGGUAUCGGUCUUCAUUAUACCCAGAGGAGAAACUCGGACCAGGUUAGCUACGGCUGGCCUUGUUGGAAAAAUUUAUUUUUCCACAGAAUGGUCUGAAGACCAAGUGACAGCUGAAAUAACAGCUAUCUUCAGUGGAGCAUUUGGCUUAUCAGAGCACCAGUCACUUCCAUUUCAGUUUUUGAGCACCAUCAAGGGGUGUAAAAAACUGAUGAUACCGAAGGUCACCUCCAAUUUCCCCUGGGGUGGUAAAGAAGUUGCCUCCAUCUGUUCCAGCACAUGCCUGUAUAUUAUGGCAGAAAUGGAAGUUCCUGCACAGAACUGUAGUGUGGAGCUGUCUGAUGACAGUGAUUUUGAAAGCCCGGUUGUACAACGAAGGAGAGUGACUCGGAGAGAUGCACCGUCCAGAGCCCAGAGCGAACACUGUGAGAGGCAAGAGAGGGUGGAAGCCAGUGCUCCUCCAUCUAAUGAUGGGAUGGACCUACAGGGACAGCGAGGGCCAAAUGAAGCUAUGAAUCACUUUGCAGUGACUCAGAGACAUGCACCGUCCAGAGCCCAGAGCGAACACUGUGAGAGGCAAGAGAGGGUGGAAGCCAGUGCUCCUCCAUCCGAUGAUGGGAUGGACCUACAGGGACAGCGAGGGCCAAAUGAAGCUAUGAAUCACUUUGCAGAUUUCAUUCCUAUUGAUAUUGAAGAAGAUGAAGCCAUUGAGGAGGCCAUCAGACGCAGUCUUUUAGAAGAGUCUGUGCAGCCCUUACAGGAUUCAAGGUUUGCAGAAAGUUUGAGCAUAGAAGAAAUUACAGGAAUUGUGAAAGCUCACAGUGAGAGGGUUGUCACAGAAGCAUACAGACCAAUCUACAUCAGCCGAGGGAACGUGUGGACAACUGCCCUCCGACAGUUUAGUAGACGGAAAUUCACUGAGUGCACCGAUCUGCUGUAUGUCACCUUUGCCAGUGACGAAGGCACCAACGAAGAUGGAGAAGACCUCGGAGGGCCACGGCGAGAAUUCCUCCGUCUGCUUGUGAAAGCCAUCUUCACAGAGAGUGGAGCAUUUGAAGGUAAUCUUUUUUUUUUUUUGCAUAAUUGUUAUGUACUUUACAUCAAAUGUACUUCUGUGCUGUGGUGGUACAAUUAUUUUACUUGCAUACUGGGUAAGCUGCCCUCUUAAAGUUUGGGUAACAUA